AUGGAGAGGCCAACUGGAUUGAAGACGCCCGGCCCAGGAAUGCCAGGUGGACAUGGAACAGGGAGGAAGAGGUCUGGCUCCCCGGCUCAAAAAUUGAGAUCAAGGUCAAGAUCUAGGUAUCGAAUGAGAAGGUCACGGUCACGUUCCAGACGGAGGUCAAUGUCACCUAGGAGACGUUCUCCUAGCCGCAAAAGAUCGAGAAUGCCCGGUGGAUCUGGAACAGGGAGGAAGAGGUCUGGCUCCCCGGCUCAAAAAGUAAGAUCAAGGUCAAGAUCUAGGUCACGAAUGAGAAGGUCACGGUCACGUUCCAGACGGAGGUCAAUGUCACCUAGGAGACGUUCUCCUAGCCGCAAAAGAUCAAGAAUGCCAGGUGGACCUGGAACAGGGAAGAAGAUGUCUGGCUCCCCGUCUCGAAAACUGAGAUCAAGGUCAAGAUCUAGGUCUCGAAGCAGACGGUCAAGGUCACGUUCCAGACGGAGGUCAAGGUCACGUAGGAGACGUUCUCGUAGCCGCAAAAGAUCAAGGAGCAAGAAACGCAGUAGAACGCCGCGACGUAGUUCACGUUCUCACAAAAGGAAACUUCGCAGUGGAUCCAGGAAACGUAACUCUAGCAGUGGACACAAACUCCGACGCCAGAAAGAAACUAUACAACACCUGUCCCAGGAUGUCCCAAAAAUGCAGAGUAGCGAAGAAGAUCCCGUCAAUCUCCCAUAUCCAUUAAACUCCAACGGGGUUUUCACGGGAGACCCCGUCAAACUCCCUUUUAUAAUAAACUCCAAUGGGGGUUUGACGGAUGCCCCCGUCUAA